GGCGGACAAGAUGGCGGCUCCCAUGGAGCUGAGCUGCUGGGGAGGAGACUGGGGGUUGCCGUCCCUCCACCCGGAGUCUCUCACCGUUAUGGCUUACGCCAAAUUUUCUGGUGCUCCCCUGAUAGUGAAUACUAUAAAUAACUCCUGGAGAACUCCGAAAGGAGAUCUGCCAGUCCUGGUAUCAGAAGACAUUGUUAUUUCUCAGCCAGCAAAAAUACUAAACUUCUUAAGAAGGCAGAAAUACAAUGCUGAUUAUGAUUUGUCUGCAAAACAAGGAGCAGAUACACUGGCAUAUAUUGCACUACUUGAAGAGAAACUGCUUCCUGCUCUGCUGCACACUUUUUGGAUUGAGGCUGAAAAUUACUGCAGUGUGACAAAGCCAUGGUUUGCCUCAAGGAUUGCCUUCCCACUGAGUUUGUAUCUGCCUGGAAAGAUGUCCAGGGAAGCGCUGAACAGGAUCUUGCUGACCAAAGGGGGCCCUCCACUCUAUAGUCUCACUGAAGUGGAAGCACAGAUAUACAGGGAUGCCAAGGAGUGCCUAAAUCUCCUGUCGAAGAGAUUGGGAACAUCUCAGUUUUUCUUUGGAGAUACGCCUACCACCUUGGAUGCCUUUGUAUUUGGUUUCCUUGCCCCAAUUUAUAAAGUGUGCUUCCCAAGGGUACAUUUGCAAGAGCAUUUGAAACAGCUUCCCAAUCUGUGUCGAUUUUGUGAUGAUAUUUUAACUUGCUACUUCAGGUUAAGUGUCUCAGGCCAUUCUCCAGCUGGACAGGAUACAGCAGAUGCUAAUCUGCAGAAACUCACACAGCUUGUAAAUAAGGAAUCCAACUUGAUUGAAAAGAUCCGGCUCUCAUUGUUUCUCUGCAGAUGGACGACAAUCUUCGUAAGAGUCCUCAGCAUCCCCCUCGGAAACUCACAACGCUCAAGCUUGCUGCAGGUGGAGAAGAAAGCAGUCCAAUGAGUCGUUUGUCACCUUGACAUCUCUUGUUGCCCAUACACUUGUUUUGUAAUUCAGCUGAGUGCCACAGUAAAUUUUUUUUCACAUGAAUGUUUUGAAAGGGAAAAAUCUGCUAAUGCGUACAAGUAGAGAAGAAAUAGAGCUUUACAAUCUUCUGUCUACCAGUUCUUUUAAGAAAUUGUAUAGAUCAGUCUGGCCACACACUAUGCUGAAACUAAGCUAAGCUAAACAAAGCGUGUUACUGCAGAUGUUAACAUGAUUUUGUACAGCGUAUUUUUGCCUUUAGCCCAGCAGAAAAGUUUACCUAAAGUUAAAAAUCUGCAUACGGAAUGUUCACUGUUACUUUAUUUUGUGGGUUUCGAUUUUACUGUAAUCAUGUUACUGUAUGUGAGUGGGUAUACUCUGUCUGAAAAGGACAAAGUCCAGUUGCAAAGCCUGGAGAAACAAAAUGUUGCCAAUCAUGGCAGCUGAGAAAUGAAAAAAAAUGACAGUAAAUAUUUUUAUUGUACUUUAAUGAA